AUGGACCAAAGUGAAGGGAAUGAAAAAUGUAACGAUACGCUUGAAAGCUCAUGGUAUUCAGAGCUUUGUUCAUCUAGCUCAAGUAGAAAUGUUCAAAGUCAAGAUGCAGAUGAUAACGACAGCGACAUAACUGUCACUGAGGAAUCUUUCGAUGUUGUUCCUAAUUUUAAGCAGAAUAAGCUAGAGACGGACACAAUUCAAGUCACUAGCAUUUCUAGCCAGUACUGUGUUAAAAAUAAUAAAAGUGACGAAGAGAAUCAACUGCAAAAUCACAAUGAAUUUGUUCGCGAAAAACGGACUAUCAAAGAUAAAAUGAGAAUUGGUAAUUGGCAAGAUAAAGUCCGAGGAACUCCUUUUCGACCAAGUCGGAGUGUUGCGAAUCAGAAUUUAAAAGAUUCUGGGCUUGAUCAACGCUAUGAUAAUUGCUCAUCGUUGGAUGAAUUUUUUAAUUACCUCAUUGCUGAUGGAAAGCAGCGCUCAUAUAGUCAAAAAGUAACCAAUUCUGUCAAUCGCUUCUUAUAUUGGUGUGCCAAUGGUCAAGAAUUUAAUUGGCAAUAUUUAGCAGAUACACAGCUUAUUAAUAAAUAUGCAAGUAUCUUAACAGAUGAAGUUAAGCUCUUUACAUCAUCUAUCUAUAAUAUUGUCUUCAGUCUUAAACGAGCAAGAGAAUAUGCCAUUAAAAUGGGAAUGAUUGAACAAUUAGACCAAAGCGAACACGAUAUUGUUAAUAAUUUAUUAGAUUCCUAUAAAUCCGAUAAGCAAAAGCGAUGCCGUGAAAUUCGCCUUUCCGAUAAAGGAGAUUAUUAUUUGAACCCAAUUACCCUAUUUAAGCUAGUUAAUCGUCGUGAUAAUCGACUACGAUACGAUAUGAUAUCCAAAUGGGCGUUAAAAUGUAAUCCUACCCCAGGGUGGCAGUCUGUUGAAUACCAAGGCUAUACUUUCGCUUUACGUUAUACGAUUGUUCAAGUGUUAAUUUGGUGUAAAGCAAGAUUGAUUGCAUUGUGUAAUAUGACCUUUGACGAUAUCGAAGCUGCUAAAACCGAUUGGCUAGACCAAGAUCAGGAAGUCACAAUUACGGUAUAUGAUCACGAUGUUAACGACUACAACGCAAUAUAUAUUACUUUAACAGGCUAUCCUAAAGUGGUCUUUUAUAAUUUUUGGCGUUAUGUAAGGCGUUGCUUACCCAAAAUAGUUGAAGGAGAUGAAUCUUACGUCUUUUUAAAUUGCCGUGGUAGACGAUUAACCACAUCGAAAGCUAAUGAACAUGUGGAAUUUUUCUUUGCUGAAUGUGGCUUACCCAAAAUUAAUACCAGUCGUUUGGUUAAAUCCUUAAAUAGAGCUCUUCAGCCUGAAUUCUUCUAUCAACUUAAAACUAAAAAUUGGCAAAAGCUGGACGACCUACUACGCGUUCAAGAUUAUACUUAA